CCCCCCCUGCACCACUCCGAUGAAUACUUUAUAGAAAAAAAGUCUGCAGGAUCCAAGGAUAAAGCGAGGAUAUUUGUUUGUAAACGAUUUGUUCGGCUCGAUAACCACUGCACUUCGGAGGCGGUUUGAAGAGCACGCGAGGCGACGAAAGCGCUGCUAAACGCUCGGUCGUGGCGGCAACGGCAACGGCAACGUCAGGCAACAACAACAACAUCCAAUACACAAUUUCCAAAAAGUUUGUGGCAGUGCUGUGUGUCUCAGGAUGUGGGACUCGUCCAUGUUUCUCAGCACAUUGACGCCAAAGUUCUAUGUGGCACUCACGGGCACCUCGAGCCUCAUAUCGGGCCUGAUCCUAAUCUUUGAGUGGUGGUAUUUUCGCAAAUACGGAACAUCCUUUAUUGAGCAAGUGUCCAUCAAUCACAUCAGUCCCUGGAUCAAUGGCAAUGAUGCCCAAUCGGACUCCAGCAAUGGCAGCGGCAGCAGCACCAGCAGUGGCUCCAGUAGCAGCAGCAAUGGUGGUGGUGGCGGUGGCGGCGGCGGCGCAGGAGGUGGGGGACCGGGCGCUGGUGGGGGAACCAAUUCAACCACCACCACGGGCACCCAGAUGCCCGAGUGUAAAGUGUGGCGCAAUCCCCUGAAUCUGUUUCGCGGCGCCGAGUAUCAGCGCUUCUUUUGGGCGACCAGCAAGGAGCCGCUCACCUACUACGACAUGAACCUGAGCGCCCAGGACCACCAGACGUUCUUCACAUGCGAAGGAGAUGCCCGCAAGGAGGAGUACGAGAUCAUGCAGACGGCCUGGCGUGAACGGAACCCCAUGCAGCGCAUCAAAUCCGCUCACAAUGCCCUGGAAAUCAAUGCCGAGUGUGCUCCGGCCUACAUCCUGCUGGCCGAGGAGGAGGCCAUGACCAUCAUGGAGGCCGAGAAGAUACUGAAGACGGCCCUCAAGGUGGCCGAGAUCAACUAUCGCAAGUCGCAGGCCACCCAGCAUCAGGGAGCCAUCGCAGACGGCAUGCAUCGCAGGGACACGAACGUUCUCAUCUACAUCAAGCGACGGCUGGCCAUGUGCGCCCGCAAGCUGGGCAAGUUGAAGGAGGCGGCCAAGAUGUUUCGCGACCUCACCAAGGAGAUCCCCUCCAUCAUGAGCGUGCUGAACAUCCACGAGAAUCUCAUCGAAACGCUGCUGGAGAUGCAGGCCUAUGCCGAUUGCCAUGCCAUUCUGGCCAAGUACGAUGACAUCUCGCUGCCAAAAUCGGCGACCAUUUGCUAUACGGCGGCGCUGCUCAAGGCGCGCGCCGUUGCCGACAAAUUCUCGCCGGACAUUGCCUCGAAGCGCGGCCUGAGCCCGGCCGAGAUGAGCGCCGUGGAGGCCAUUCAUCGGGCAGUCGAGUUCAAUCCGCACGUGCCCAAGUAUUUGCUGGAGACGAAGCCGCUCAUUCUGCCGCCCGAGCAUAUAUUGAAGCGCGGCGAUUCCGAGGCCCUGGCAUAUGCGUUCUUCCAUUUGAAGCACUGGAAGCAGGUGGAGGGGGCCCUCAAUCUGCUGCACUGCACCUGGGAGGGUACAUUUCGCAUGCUGCCGUAUCCGCUAGAGCGCGGCCAUCUCUUCUAUCCAUAUCCAACGUGCACCGAGUGCGCCGAUCGUGAACUGCUGCCGGCCUUCCAUGAGGUGUCCGUCUAUCCCAAGAAGGAGCUGCCGUUCUUCAUACUCUUCACGGCUGGCCUCUGCUCCUUCACGGCCCUGCUGGCCCUCCUCACGCAUCAGUAUCCGGAGCCGAUGGGCCUUCUGGCACAGACAGUACUUACCUGGAUCUCGUAUCCGUUUCAGUUGCUCAAAGAGCGCGUCGAGGCAUUCUGGCCGUGCAACUUGCUGCAGCAGUUGUCGCGUGUCUAAGCUGGAUGGAUGGGUGGAUGGAUGGCUAUCCCCUGCCAACCCCAUCCACUUCACUUCACUUUACUCGACUCCUCUCCCCUUUGGAUGACGCGCACACACACACACACACACACACACACAAAAACAAGGAAACAUACAAUUACACGCAUGCCACACAACCACUAACACACCACACACCACACACACACACACACAUUUUCAGCAAGGAACAAGCUACAAACAAAACAUAACUACACGUAUACAUAUAUCUAUAUAUAUAAAUACAUAUAUAUAUAUUUUGGAUCUUAAUAUGUCUGUGUUGUCUUCGUGAAAUAAAGAAAGCAAAAAAGCUAACUAAAUCUGACGCUUUCGGGGCCGGCCUGCUCCUCUCCAUAGCAAUCUGUGCAGGAGGAGGAGGAGGAGGAGGAGUCGAUCGAUCGAUGUUAUCCUUAAGUCUUAUCCUUAUCAUUAUUUUUAUUACUGUAACAAGAACGAGUAGCGAGUAAACUAAAUGCAGAAAUUAUAA